AUGACAGUCACGAAGUCCAAAGAUGGCAUCCCUGCAUGGGAUGGUACUCCGUCCACUUGGUCGGAGUACCGCAGGGCUGCCUACAUGUACGAGGAGACGGUGAAGUGGGAAAGUCGCUACCUAUGUGGUCCAAGGCUGGCAGCCGAGCUGACUGGAGCGGCACGCACCGCAAUAGCAAACAAGAAGCGAGGCUGGCUUUCGUCCCAGGAUGGCGUUGGCAAGCUUCUGCGCUGCUUGAAAGAGACGAUGAGCGAGCCAGCCCUUCCGGAGAUCUCCAACCAGCUCAAGACCUACUUCAAGCUGCUGCGGCGCCGCCGCGGCGAAUCCAUGGUGUCGUUUUGUGUGAGACACCGGGAAGAGUACGCACGGACCUGCAAAGCCCUGACUCGCGUGAUGCGAGAACAAAAGUCACUUCCUGACAUGACCAGCCAGGCCUGGCACUCAGGACGAAGACAGUCGGUGUCUACGGCAAGGCCAUCCACAGGGGGGGGCUCAUCGGACCUUGCCACCGAGGGUGACACCGAGGCGACGCCCACUGAAGACAAUGGUGAGGAAGCCCAGGAUGAGACCGAAUGGACCUGGGAUGAUGCUUGGUGGUGGUCGACGUGGGAGACCACAUGGAACUGGAACCUCCAGUCCAAUACCAGCAUCGCCGAAGAAGAUGAAGAUGAUGAGGAAGAUUUCGUCGAGAUCCUGCCGGACGUCAUCAAGGGUUGGCUUCUCCUGGAAAAGGCCAACCUGGACGGCAUGGAGCGCAGUCUGAUUCAGAGCGAGGUCAAGAACAAUUUCUCUCUCGCCAACGUUGAAGUCGCCCUUCGGAGCCACUUCACUGAUGAGACCAUCAAGAAGCGAGAUGGAGAAGCCAAACAGGCUCUCUAUGAAAAUGAAGAAGAUGAGACGGAGCCAUGGGAAGAAGACACCAGCUUCUACGAGGACCUCCCCGAGGAUGCUUUAGCCCUGUACCAACAGGCUAAACAUGAAGAACAUGAGGCCUGGGCUCAACUACAGCAAGCGAGGGUGACCCUUCGCGAAGCUCGGGCCAAGCAGCAUGAGGAAGCAACCGCGGCUCAGGUGACCAUGUGGCCGGACAAGUCCAUGAAGCCACAUUACUUGCUGAGCAAGACGGAAUGCACCCAGGAACUCGAGGCCAAUGGUCAGAAGCGCAUUGCAUGGACGGAGUUCACACUUCCGGAAUGCCGGAUGCUGGUUCGCGAGUCUCGCGAAGCUCAGGGAAUCAUCAAGCCAAAGGGGGCUCCCAACAACCUUGUCAAGGAGAUCAACAAUGCAAAACUGGGCGAGCUACGCUCAAUGUGCCAGGCCCGCCAGAUCGAACAUCCGGCCAAGGCCACGGCGGGGGAGCUGCGCUUGAUGCUCAAGUCAUGGUUGAUCCACAGCGGCAACAACGAGACACUGAUCGACUUUGGAAAGUACAAGGGCAUGAGCUUCAUGGAAGUGGCUCAACACGAUCCGGGGUACCUCAGCUGGGCUCAGGCCGAGGUGGGCAACUCGGACACGGCGGAUUGGCGGCUUCGACAACUCGCCAGUUGGGCCGAGAGGAUGGAACACAAUCCUCUCGAGAAGUCUCAGGCACCAGUGAAGAACCAGGGGGCCGGCUAUCAUCCAGCCCUCACCAACAGUCGACCAACAGUGGCCAUUGCUGCGGGGUCAUCGAGCAAGGAUGUGGAUGCCAAGGCAAGUGCCUCGGCGAUGACCGAACAAGUGAAGGACAUGAUGGAAACCAUGAAAGCCAUGCAAGAGGAGCUCGACGAGCUCAAGGGCAAGAAGCGCCACAAGACGCCGCCUCCCCGAGCUGGAACAUCGGUGGCAUCCGACGGGAGCUUCGUGAAGAUGGAUGGCGAGGGGGUGAAACAGGCCAUUAAGAUCAUUCGUGAGAAGAAGCCUAGGUGCAGCGCGUGUGACGAAAGAAAGAGGCCUGAUCCUCGACGUCAGGCCAAUCUGGAAGUUCACACUGACCGCUGGCGCAGUGUGCAGAUCGACACUGCAUACUGGAAGCAUCCAAUCUCCAAGAAGCAGGUCUCAUUCAGUUUGAUCAUGGACGAGGCAAGUCGCUUCCUGGUUGGCAAAGUCAUGCGGAUGGACGGAGGCAAAGGAGUCAAAGCCUCCGAAUACGCUGAACUCUUUACAAGCCACUGGUUUCCAUAUUUUGGCAUGCCGGAUGUGGUAAGAUCUGAUCCAGAGGGAGCUUUCCGAUCGGAGGAGAUGCUGAACUUCUUCAGUGAACGAGGCAUCCACCUGGACCAUAUCCCAGCCGAAGCACACUGGAACCUUUCUCAUGUGGAGCGCUGUAUUGAGUGGGUGAAGGAAUUUCUCACCAAGACAGCCGGAGAUGCGGAACAAGACGUCACACAGCUGAUCCAACACGCCAUCUACACCUGGAACCAUCGAGAAACCGUGCGAGGGUAUAGUCCCUUUCAACAUGCCAUUGGUAGGCAGCCAGACAUCGAAGGUCGAGUAUUUGAUCGACGAACCACUGACCUGCCAAUGGAGAUGAUGCAGUCUCCAGAUGGUGAGAUGGAAGUUGCCUCCCAGUUGCGACAACAGGCAUCUAAAGCAUUCAUUGAUUGGCAAGUGCAGGAGAAGCUCACCAGAGCCCGUCCCAAGCGAGCUGCACGAGCGGGCAACUGGGUGGAACCACUGGUUUUAGCAUAUCAGAGCUUCGUGCAGCACGUGCAUCGGGAAGAAGACCUGGAUCAGCCGGCCUUCCACGGCCUGUCGGCGCCCCUGAUGCAGGACCGGCCUGAAGUGGAGAGCCUUCCUUUUGAAGAGCUUCGACUAGCAGCGUAUCGGAAGUUGAUUCUGAAAGCACCCUUCUUGCGGGAGCAGAAGAAGCACGUCAUCUCCAUGAUGGUGAGCUCGCUUUCAGAUCUCAUCUACUUGCCGGCCGACUUCAUCGUUUGCAGUGGUGAUACUGGGAGAGAGCUUUUCUUUAUGCGGCGUGGCGUGGCAGGCGUCUAUCCAAGUGGCCCGGAGUGCCCGCCGGUGAUGGGCGAGUCCACGGAGGUGGCCGUGACUGGGCGAGGAGAGAGAACGCGCGGUGCAAGUGCAGCGAUGCGAGGAGAGAGAAGGUGCAAGUGGUCGAAGGCCCCGGUGGAAGGCUGGUUCAGCACCUCUGGUGUUCCGGAGGAAUACACUGCUGGGAAGUACUUUGGCGAGCUGGGCAUGCUCACCGCACGUCCGCGUGCUGCCUGGAUCAUGGCGAAGACCUAUUGCGUGCUCUCGGUACCUCGAUCGACCGGCACCUUUUUGGAGUUGGGGGAUGGAGAGUCAAACGUGGGCAAAGCAAGUGAGGGAUGGAAGGAGGAUGCACCAGCUAUAGUAGAAGAUUUGGCCAGCUUGAGAUCAUCCCAGCAACUGGCAAAUCUGCACCAUUCUUUGGCUUUUCAUGGAGGUCCAGAAGAGGCCCUGAGGCCCUGA